AUGGAGAUAUUAUUCAACAAGGUCUACCGUAAGCCUAAGAGGACUUUAAAGAAGGAACAAGAUCCUGAAAGGUUUCUGAUUUCAUGCUCUAUACAUAGCCACGAUUUACCAAAUGCCAUCUGCGAUACUGGAUCUGCAGUCAGCAUCAUGGCUAUAGAUACUGCUGAAGUAUUAGGAUUUAAGAUGGAACUUUCAAAAGAUAGUUUCACUUUUGUGGAUAAGUCCAAAGCAAAAUCAGCAGGCAUGGUUAGGAAUGUUAAGGUGGAAAUAGGGGAAUGCACUAUUCCUGUGGACUUUCAUGUCGUGGAGUUCAAAUCAGACAACACAUCUUCCCUUCUUUUUGGAAGAGUCUUCUUGACUACAGUAGGGGCAGUUUGUGAUCUUAAGAAGAAUAAGAUGUGUCUGACUAAUGUUGAUGAAACUAUCUUCUAUGAUACUGUGGAGAAGAAGAAAAGUAAAGAGUUUAUUUCAUGCAUAGAGAUGUUUGAAGUUCCAGCGCCUACAACAAAUGCAAUUCGCGAGCCUGCAAAACCAGGACCAGCAUCGAUCGACAUUCAGUUCCUUCUUUCGAAGGAUCCGCGUCUUUCGAAGAGUUCCUUGCCGGCUUAUGUUUUUGCGACAGGACUUUCGUCUCUUCUUCGAUCAUUAUGUAAUUUGAGGCUUUGUGGAGGGAGUCCUGGAUUGUGCGAGGUUUUUCGAGUGUUAUCCACUUUCUGA